AUGGAGCAAGUCCCACAACUCAACUACUUGGCUCUCCGCUUCAUUGGAUUGCAUUUGUUCAAUGCAAAUGCAAGAUGGCGCCAAACUAGAGAUAUCCGAAGAGACGUUUUCGACGCCUUGAAGAAAUUGAAGAUCACAUUGGCGAACAAAAAGGCCAUUCUUGCAUCAUUUGACCGCAUUCUAAAAGAGGUCGAACGAUGGGGUAAGAGAUUAGACAUGUUGCUGAUCAGUGUGUAUUUUGCGAAAGAAAGUACGGCUAUCUUGUGUUUAUUGCGACCCUUGGAAUAUAUGUAUUUACAUAGCGGAUUCUCUAUACAACGACAAGACUAAAAAUCUAUUCGCCAUAGAAGGGUUUGGUCGUACGGAGCUUCAUUUUUUCCUAGAAUUAAUUAUUGAAGCCGACGAAAUUUUUUGUUAUAAGCAGUUGUUGUUCAACAGUUUUUCUACGGUAACUUCAGACAGCAAGCAUUCCAAGUUAUUCGUCGAAGAUAACGUUAAAAUCAAGCCAACCAAAAUUGCUAAAUCAAAUGCCAAAAGAUCGGAUCAUUUGCGGAUGUAUCAUGGAAGUUUGAUAUGGAAAAAUAACUUGUAAGAAAUUCGUUUUCUUUGUGUUUUGACUAAAUAUUUAGAUACUGUAUUGAUGACAACAAAACGGCUCAAACUUUGAUAUACAAGGAUUUGCUCAACUGGCCACAGCUCCGCUUUCAAUUUGCUUGUUUCUACGCGGUAGAAAAUUUGCUGACCAAUGAUUUUGUAUUUGACAAAGUGAGACGGAAGGUGUUUCGGUGAGUGCCUCGAUCUCUUAGACGGAAGCGUUUUCUGAUUUGCCAUACACGAAUUAGUCCCUGUAAGUGUGAACGCCCACUUCUCAGUGGAAAACGAUGUAAUGACAAACGAUUCUGCUCACACUUUUUUUGCUUCAAAAUAUUGGAUGAAAGUUUUGAUAUUUUGUUGAAAUAUGCAUAAAACGCUAGUAAAUGGGUCUGAAAUUUAUAGAGCCAUAACCGCAAAAUAAUGUGUCAAGGUUUCAAGAUUCCGGCCAAAAAAUCUCCGUGGUUUCUGCAUAGUUGGCGCCAUAAAUCCCAUAGGUUUUUUUGGAAGACUAUUCUCUAAAUUUGAGCCAACUCUUGUCUAAUCCUGUUUCCCCCAUGUAAAAUACUCUCUCCAUUCCGAUCUGUCAAAGCCGUUUUUUAGCCAACGCCUUGGGGAACACUGUGUGUACGAUUUAUGGCUACGUGUAUUGGAUGACAAAAAGGCCUGGAAAAAGAUCUACCAAGAAGAUCGAUUAUUGGUGGAUCAAGUGUGCGUUCAGGCGUUGCAUUACGCAAUGAAAAACGGCUUCAUCGAGUUGACCAAGUUUCUAUGGACGAAAUUGACUGGCCCGCAAAAGGAGACAAUCGGUAGAUACAAAACUUCUUUAGUUUAGUAAAAUAUUUUCAGGAUUUUUGGCAUGGAAAUCCGUUUGCAUCCGGAUGAAUAACCCAGAACUCAUAAGGUUCUUGUGCUCGGAAUUGUGUGCUUUGAAUCUUCGGAGUAUGACCGUGCUGACUUGGGACAACUUUUAUAUCAAAGUCAGAGAGGUCUUGGAGGUAAGGAUUUUAUGAAAAAGUUUACAAGACAAGAGGAAAUAGAAACAAAAAAAGGAAUGGCUCUGCGCAAAGUUGGCGGAGAAAUGAAAAAAAAGGCUUCUUUUUGUGACCGCCCUCCGCAAUUUGCACACUCACUCGUUGGCGUACAUAGUAUUGUAACUCGGCUUUCUAAGACAUAUACAAGAGUUCGCACGUGCAAUUUUUUUGAGGACUGAUAUAUGGCCUAGAGUAGAAAUGUGUGAAAAAGUGAAUUUUGAGAGCUAGCCUUUUCAGAGCCUGACUUGUGGCUUAUUUCAAAAAGUGGCAAAAUUUGACGCAAAUCUAAAUAUCCCGCCUGGAUGAUUCCCUUUAACUUUUGUGAGAAUCGCUUUUUUUAGAACGAAGACAUCACCAGUCAACUCUACGUCGACUACUACAAUCGUCUCGAACUCUUUUUGAAUAACAUUUGUUCCGAGCUGAAGUCGGCCCUCUUGUGUCGAGACGGCUGUCGGGUUAUAGCAGACGCAUUCUGGUACCAAAAUGAGGAUGCAUUCGCCUUACUCACCGAGCACAUCGAGAAGGACAAGAUCAAGGAGGCCCGAGAAGUUGUCGAUCGGAUCUACGACAAAAAGCGAACAAAAAGCAUGAAGAAAUUGAGGAAUCGAGUGGUCCAACGACAAGCCACAAUUCAGUAA